UGCUAUUGACUAUUAAGUCAAGUCAACACUGAAGGCUCAAGAAAGAAGCGAGUCUUGUACAACAACUUGAAAAGUUGAAAGUGAAAGUUUAAUCCGGUAGUGAGACGGGAUUGUAUUUAAAUAACUACCUAAAUGGCUUCAGUGAUCUGUCAAAAAGAAUCCGGAUUUAAAGUAUUUUUUGUGUUCUUCAAAUAAUGGAUUCCUUGGAAACAAAUGGCGAAGUUAGGCAAAGGAAGGAUAAAAAAAAUGAAAUUGCAAACACUAGUGAUAAAGAUUUAAAAACUAAGGAUGAAAAGAAAAAAAGUAAUGGCAAAGUAAUAGGAUUAAUAUUUGUAUCACUCCUCCUGGAUCUCUUAGCUUUUACCAUGAUUUUGCCACUCUUGCCUUCUCUAUUGGAUUAUUAUGACAAAAAAGAAGGCAAUUCCAAUACACUUUAUACAUGGCUGCUCCAUGCCGUACAAAGAUUUCAAAAGUUAACUGGAGCCCCUGACCGGUUUUCAUCAGUUCUGUUCGGAGGCGCACUGGGAUCUAUGUAUAGUUUUCUACAAUUUCUUACAAGCCCGAUUGUUGGCAGUCUUUCAGAUGCCUAUGGAAGAAAACCAAUGCUUCUAAUUUGCUUAAUUGGUAUAGCAAUAUCUCAUGGCUUAUGGAGUUAUGCAAGUACAUUCAGCUUGUUUGUGCUGGCCAGAUUCAUAGGUGGAUUGAGUAAAGCAAAUGUGAGCCUAAGUAUGGCUGUUGUCACUGAUGCAUCGGACGAAAAGACAAGAGCAAGAGGAAUGGCACUCGUAGGAUUGGCAUUUUCUAUUGGUUUCAUUGUGGGUCCUUUGGCUGGGGCUUGGUUUGCCAAGAACACCGACUUAUCCUCAGGUCUAUGGGGCGAGAGACCAGCAUUGUAUGCACUCUCUCUUUCACUUGCUAAUGUUGCUCUUGUCACAUUUUUUAUACCUGAAACACUUUCAAAGGAUAAGAGGACUCCCCUCUCUCUUUCACUGUCUAAAGCAAUAGAUUUCAUAUCUCCAUGGCAUUUACUAAGAUUCACAGCUGUUAAGAAUCUAACUGCUCAUCAAAACAAAAUAUUAUCGAGACUAGGACUGAUUUAUUUUAUAUAUCUAUUUAUUUAUUCUGGACUUGAAUUUACUAUAACAUUCCUUACUCAUCAUACAUUUGGAUAUACGGCGAUGCAACAAGGAAAAAUGUUUCUCGUCAUAGGUUUUAUAAUGGCGGUACUGCAGGGCGGGGCUGCUCGGCGUCUGAGCGCGCGUGGAGCCGAGCGCGCAGCAAAACUAGCGCUCAUAUUGACGCCGUUUUCCUUCAUAUGUGUAGCGUUCGCAGCCGUACAACGACCACCAAUUUUUUCACCUAUCGUGUGGCUCUGGGCAGGCUUAGUGCUGUUUGCUGUGUCCACGGCGUUCGCGGUGUCGUGCAUGACGGCGCUGGCCACGACGCAGGCGGCGGGCGCGGGGCGCGGCGCCGUGCUGGGCGCGCUGCGCUCGCUCGGCGCCCUCGCGCGCGCCGCCGGCCCGCUGCUCGCCUCCGCAGUUUAUUGGUGUUCUGGCGCCGCUACAACGUACACAAUCGGAUCAAUCGUCCUCAUAUUGCCAGCUGUGAUGUUAGUUAAGCUCAAAACACACUGAACACAAUAAUUAUGUCUUUUUUACCUUUACAUCAAAAGUAAUAUAAUACGUUAAAUUUAUAAUGUAAGAUAAUAUUUAUUAUGAACACUUUUUGUUACUACCAUA